GUUGAAGAAAUUGAAGCUCUCACAGCUAUCUAUAAUGAUGAUUUGAAAGUGGUAAAUGAAAGUAAAAGAGAAUAUGAAAUAAAAGUUUGUAAAGAUGAACAGAAUGAUAAAUACAUUGUGUUACAGUUUACUCUACCAGAUGAUUACCCUACAUCUUCACCACCUCAAUAUCAACUCAAAGCCUCCUGGUUAAGUAAAGAUGAAAGAAGGGUAUUAGAUAAUGGUUUAGCUGAUAUAUUUAUAGAGAAUAUGGGUGAUAGUAUAAUUUACUUGUGGAUUGAGAAAAUUAGAGAAUUUUUACAAGAAAUUUUAGAUGAUGCCAACCAUGCUGGUGCUGUCAAUGAUAUUGAUGUUAUUGAUGAACAGCUAGAAGAGGAAGAAAGAGGAGAUGUUGUGAAUUACGAAGAUUUUGAAGAUUAUAAAUAUGAGUAUACGGGGAAAUAUGAAAAAAAGACACAAGAAAUGGAGACAAGUAAUAAAUGUCCAGAAAUUUUACAUGGAGAAUUUGUUCAUGAUAGAAAAAGUGUCUUUCAAGCUCAUUUAGCACCAGUUCAUUCGGAGGAAGAAGUGCAAUUAGUCAUGGAAAAGUUAUUGGAAAAUAGGAAAGUAGCAGCAGCAACACAUAAUAUACAAGCAUAUAGAAUAUGUAAAGAAGGUAAACAUACUGUUUGGUAUCAAGAUUGUAAAGAUGAUGGUGAAAUACAUGCAGGAAAUAGAAUUCUUCAUUUAAUGGAGAUUUUAGAAGCUACGAAUGUAUUAGUUGUUAUAACAAGGUGGUAUGGUGGUAUACAUUUAGGUCCCGAUAGAUUUAAACAUAUAAAUUGUUGUGCUAGAAAUAUACUUGAACAGGGUGGUUAUAUCAAAAAUAAGGUAAAUUUCAUAUUAUGCACAUUUAUUCUCAAAUCUAUAAAUUUUCUUUCAUUCAUGCAUAUCAUUAUGUGA